AUGCUGGGCAUCGGCCGAGGGUCUCGAGAAGGCGUUAUUUCCCUCGAAGCGUCGAUUAAGAACUGCGGUCGGACAAAACAAUGGAGCGUAGCACUGCGGUUGCUCCGCGAAGGACUUCGAUUAGGUGUGCAACUUGUCCCAGGCCACUACAUUGCGAUUGCCAGCGCAUGCAGAAAAGGCGGGCAAUGGCAACACGCGCUUUCAGUGCUCAGUGACAUGUGGAAGGCGAAGCUGGAGCCCAACGUCAUCAGCUACAACGUUGGGAUCAGCGCGUGCGAGAAGGGCGGGCAGUGGCAGCCAGCGCUGGCACUGCUGAGCGAGAUGCAGGAGGCGAAGCUGGAGCUCGACGUCAUCUUCAGCUACAACGCUGGGAUCAGCGCGUGCGAGAAGGGCGAGCAGUGGCAGCGGGCGCUUGCGCUGCUGAGCGAGAUGCGGGAGGCGAAGCUGGAACCCAACGUCAUCAGCUACAACGCUGGGAUCAGCGCGUGCGAGAAGGGCGAGCAGUGGCAGCGGGCGCUUGCGCUGCUGAGCGAGAUGCGGGAGGCGAAGCUGGAACCCAACGUCAUCAGCUACAACGCUGGGAUCAGCGCGUGCGAGAAGGGCGAGCAGUGGCAGCCGGCGCUUGCGCUGCUGAGCGA